AUGUCUCUACCUACAACUUUAUUAAGAUACAACUUCUUAGUUGGAAUGUAUAAUAUUGCAAAGAAAGCUUACUUAGGUAGACAAGCCUGUAAAAGAAGUUUCUUGUACACAUCUUUACCAAAAUAUUCAAAUCUACUAAAUUCUAUAAGAGGUACAACUAAUCAUGGUCCUGAAGGAACUUAUGUAUUGAGCUGCAAAUGCAAUAAAUGUCAAAAUCCUAUUAUAAAGAAAUUUAGUAAACACUCAUAUCACAAUGGUGUAGUGAUUAUUCGUUGUGAUGGCUGUAAUAAUUUACACUUGAUAGCAGAUCGUCUUGGAUGGUUUGGAAAUUCAUCUAAUAUCGAUAUAUUUUCAAUUUUAAAGGAGAAAGGGGCUCAAUUUGAUAGUGACAAUAUCUGUGUAGUAAAUCAAUAA